CAGUUACUGCUCCCACCAUGCUCAGCAAGUGUCCAGACCUCCUGUGCAUUUAGAUGCCCAUAACCACAUGAUCAGGUUAUGUGAUCAUACUCAGCUGCAGUUUACAUACCUAAACCAGUGACAGUUGAUCAGCUUUAGAAUGGCAGUCAAUUUGUGCUCAAUGACACCACUUCCUUUCCUUCUUAUGCUCCUGCUCACCAUUUUACGUAUGCUCCACUUGUCCUUGUUACAGAUGAAGAAUAUAGCCCAGGUGGAAACUAUUCUACUGACCAAAACAGCUCAAGAUGUCUUCUGCUUUUCUCGAACCUUUGAAGAUCUCACCUGUUUCUAUGAGCCAACACAUGUUAAAGGAGCUUAUCGAUUCUUCUAUACAUACGAAGGAGAUAAAAGCCGAGAAUGUCCUCUAAUCUCUAUGAAAAAUAUAGAUGGAAGUUGGCGCCACAUCUGCAUAUUUCCUGAAAACUAUUAUGGCAUUCAGCUCUAUGAACUCAAUGUUGAAGUGUUGGAUAAUGUUAGUAAUCACACCAUAAUCUCACAUAUCUCAGAUGAUAUCCUCAGAAGAGAAGAUAACAUUUUUCACACCAAUCUAUUCCCAGAAGAGAGGGUCCUCAUUGCUCCACCAACAAAUAUAACAGUUGAGUGGCCAGGGAUUGCUCAACAGUUGGUUGUAAAUUGGAUGCCUCCAUCUAUCAGCUAUGCAGAUUUCUUGAUUUAUGAAGUUCUUAUGGUGUUGAGGAUUCAUUCAGCCACCAUUCAGGGUAUGGUUAAUGUCAGGAAAAAUGGCUUUGCUAUAAUGGCUGGAAUUGAAGUGAAAAACAGCUAUAUAUGCCAGCUCAAGAAUCUACUUCCAGGGCAGCAAUACCACAUCCAAGUUCGCUCCAAACCUGAUGGCCUUUCUCUUGAUGGCAUCUGGGGACCCUGGUCUCCAGCAGUGACAGCAGAAACACCCCACCUUCCAGAGGCAAUUGGUCUGCACUGCUUCACUCUGGACUUGUAUCAAUUACACUGCCAGUGGAACAAGAAGUCCCUGAGAUCUGGCCCUUUUCACAGCGUCUUGUACUGGAUGGAAAGCAACAGCAGCAGCACAAGAAGGCAAAUCUGGCACAAAUGUAAGAAGGAAGAUCCUGCUUCCUGCACAUGCACCUUCCAGCCUAGCAACACCCAUUACCUUUCUGUCCUGGUGACUAUCAGCCAGGGUGAGCAAGAGGUCAGCUACUUUGAAGAGCCAUUCAAACUGUACCAUGUGGGUAAGAAUUUUCAGCAUCUCUUGGCCUCAGCACCAUCAGGACUUUCAGCUCAAAACAGUGAGCUGUCCUGGGCUGGUCUAGCAUCAAAAGAACAUCAAUAUCAGAAAAUAUGCAAUACUAUUAAUAUUGCACUGUUGCUGCUUGAUGAUAUGUUUUCCACUCCGAUUCUACAGGUGCAGUACUCAAACACCAGUGAAAUUCAUCUGGCCACCCAGGAUCGCUACUGCGUUCAACUGCGUACCCAGCCAGAUGGCCAAAAGUUCCGUGGGGACUGGAGCACCUGGUCAGAAUUAGUGUGUAUUGAAGUCCCACCUGGUGCAGAUUCAGUGAUUAUGAUCGUGGCCAUUACACUCUUGCUGUGUGCAGGACUUGUGCUGGGACUGGGCUUCACCUGCCUCUCCAACUGCAGUAGUGUGAAACAAAAGCUCUGGCCAGAGAUUCCAGACCUACAUCAUGUCCUAGAUGGAUUCUUCAAGGAUAAUGACAAGCAGCAGCAGGUAAACUCUUUAUUUUGCAAUAAAAUGUUGGAGGAUGUGCCUUUGACUUGCUUGUUGGAAGUACUAUCUGAGAAACCCCUGGAAACAACCAGCUUUGACCCUUUGCUAGAUAUGAGUUCAGCGGAACAGGCAGAAUGGGGCAGCCAGCCUUCUUCCCAUCAGCACUACAUGGUGCUGAGUUCUAAUAAUCCCCAAAGCAGCCACCAUGAAAAUGAAUACUUUGAUGACACAAAUGAUAAUGGAAAUGCUUUCCCACAAUCCUUGGAACAUGAUCUAAGUGUAACCUCAGAGUCAAUGACGCAAAUAACUCCCUUCACCUUAUUGAAUGUACUAUCAGAGAUUAAAGAAAAAAGAAGGCAGGAAAUUUCUGAUGACCAAAACACAUCUGUCACUGACAUUUCAAACCAGACAUAUUUGCUAAUGGGCUGAUUGUGUCUAUCAUUAGAGGAUAGCUCUAUGAGAAAUUAUUAGGCCCUGUGGAAGUUUGUAUACAAUACAAUACAAUUUUCAAUUGUAAGGCAUCUGUGUAGCCAGUACUCUUCAAAUCUGUUUCUUAUAGACCAACUGAAUUUAGCAGCUGAUUGUACUAGAGCAGAUUGGGCAGUUUUUCAUGGCCUAAAGCUACCUUGAAUUUUUGGAAGGCAACGAUGGAAAGUGACUAGAACUGUACUCAGGACUCACUUUGGUUUGAAAGGGGAAAAAAAUUACACUACAAUGUUUCUGUGUUUCUCAUUUCAGAAUGGCAGGCAAUCAUACUGCCAAAUUCUGAUACAGAUGGCUGAAAGUACCAUGGGUACUGCCAAAGGAUUUGAGGAUAUGUGCCCUCAAAUUAUCAACCAGGCAUUGAAUAGUGUUGUGGAGUUGAAUGUGGAAUUUUAUCUCAAGACAUGUCCACAUUGCAUCUGGUAACCACAGAUCUCCAAAAGCAAAGUGAUUCUUCAGCUGAGUCCCAGUGAUUUGUAUGUCAGCUUAAAAAAACAAGAUUUUAAAUACUUUUUCCAUUUUGAAGAAACAUGCAAACUGUGUUUUAUGGUAAUGAUGAAAGGGUUAUAGUAAUACACCUGC